UUAGGGUUUAGGGUAAAUUCUUCAUUAAGGCAGUCAGCUUAUCUAUCAAAAAGGGGAAGUUAAAUCAGUUUCAAGAGAUGCCGGAAUGUUGAGGGACAUGGACCAGCUGACUUCAUCUCCUGUGAGGAGUUUUUUAGGCUUCACCUGCUUCUCCAUCAGAGAUCUCCUCAGGACCAAUGAGCCUCAGCUUUCCCUCAGCCUCAGGUCUGCGGACGGAACGAGCGAGGUCGGGGAGGUGAAGCUGGGUCGUCUGCAGAUGAGAGACAUGGAAAACAGAGAGGGGGAGGACACCACUUCAGACAUCCUACACAAGUGUCCUCUCCUGUGUGAUUCCCUCCAUGGCUCCAUGCACGACAGAGACAACAGUCCCAUGAUGAGGGCAGUGUUCAGGAGCACAGUCUGUAAAGUGUACCGGUUCCAGACCGAAUCUAGCAGGUGGAUGCUGGUGAGAGAACAGAUGAGCGAAAGCCCUCUGUCCUCCAGUCUACCCAAACAGCUUCUGUCCUGCUACAUACAAGAGGACAUGAGGAGGGUCCAGGAGCUUUGUGACCUGUGUGACCUUUCACCCUACUGGGAUCGGUUAAGGACUGAUGUUAUCGCCCACUACAGUCAGCUGAUCAGCACCUACCAGGAAACACUGACAGAACUCAACAAACUAACAGGCUCGUCCUGCUCCUUUAAGGCCAGCUGUAGUAAGAGUGACAGAUAUCUAGAGUUUAUACCUGUCAACCUGCACACACAGAGGAUGCAGGUUACCUGCUCACGGAGAACAGUAUGGUAUGAUGUUGUGACAGUAGGAGCACCAGCUGAUCACUACCAGGGGUUUAAACACGGUGGGCUACAGAGGCUGCUCAACAAACCAGACAGCGACAACAAGAGUGUUAGUGCAGCAUAUUGUUGUAUCUCCUACUCACCAGAGGAGAGCUCCAGAGCCAGGGAGGUACUGAGUAGUGUCUCCCAGCUCCAGCCUCUCAUCUCUGGGCUAACUGAGGAGCUACUGCAGGCUGCUCUGGAAGUCAACUCCCAACGACUACAGAACAUACUGCACAGCCUGGCACACAGGACUGAACAGUUUGUUCACGCUCUGAAAGAUGAGCUGGUAAAGAACGCCCUGUUGGCUCUCCACACCGCAAGGCCCGCCUACCACCUCAGCAACGGACACGCCCAUGUUACCCACGGCAAUGGGACGGGUCCCAGGCUCUCCUCGGCCAAUCAGGACGGGUUACGGCCGUCGAUAUGGCGACAGGAAUCCAUCCCCCAACACACGGAGUAUGACGAGGAAGAAGAGUGGGACAGGGUGUGGGCUAACGUUGCUAUGAGUCUGAACUGCAUCAUCGCCAUGGUGGACCGGCUACAGGAGAGGGAGAACAGGAAACAGGAAGUGACCUCACAGACACAGAAUGAUGUCACCACCACCUCACACAACACUGACUCUUCCCGCGCUCCUUGGCAGGCCUCUCUCGCCCCCCUUCCAGACUCUUCCCGCGCUCCUUGGCAGGUCUCUCUCGCCCCUCUUCCAGACCUGUCCCCUUCGUGGCAAGAGCAACUCCUCCCUCUCGUUGUGACUCUGAAGGAGUGUGUGAGUGACGCGGUGGAGAGGGCCCGGUGUGCUAUGACCUUUGUCCUCCUACAGGGGGCAGCAGCAUCAGCCUGCCACGGUCAGGCCCUGACACACAGACGAGAUGCUGUCUUCAGCCAGGCUCUGUGUGCGGUGGUGUGUGGGUUUGUAUUGAGGCUGUACUCGGGUCUGGAGGAUAAAGGCUUCCUGCUGCAGCUCUGUGAGGUUGGGCUCAUCACACAGUUUGAAGGACUGCUCAGCACCUACAGUGAUGAGGUGGGUAUGUUAGAGGAUAUGGAGAUGGGGGUAUCAGACCUGAAUAGAGUCUCCUUCAAAAUAACUGAAGCCAAAUCAGAACAACCCACAGAUCUACUGCCCUCUGUCACUGGACUACGGGGUUGUUUUUGUGUGGAAGUCCCCUUGCCGUCGGAGACGUACCUGUUGUUACCAGGGGAACUGAGAGAUGGGCGGGACUUAAGAGUUCACCCGUUACUGUUUAACAUCGGCAUCAACCAGCAACAAAGUCUAGCCGAGAGGUUCGGAGACAGUUCUCUCCAAGAAAGGAUCAACCUCAGAAGCUGUGAGAUGUUGAAGUCCUACUACAAGACCCUGAGAGACAAACUACCCAACUUGACCCUGCCCUGUUCCCGGUCCCCGUUAGCUGUGGAGGACUUGUUGUGUUCUCUGGAGCAGUCUCUGGAGAUGAAGAAGAGGAAGAACGUCGAGGUCCUGUGGCUCGCUGCCUCCGUGUGUAGGAGGUUGAAUGGCGUCAGGUUGACCAGCUGUAAAAGUGCCAAAGACAGGACCUCCAUGUCUGUGACUUUAGAACAGUGUAUGUUGCUCAGAGACGAACACACACUCAGCAAGGAGCACUUUAACAGAGCACUGGACUGCAUGAGGAGGGAGGGCUGUAGGAUGGAGAACGUUGAGAAGAACAUCAGAAGCAGGAAGUAUGCUUUCAACACCAUCCAGCUGAAGACCUUCCCUAAACCCUACCGCCCUCCGGAGGGCACCUACGGGAAAGUAGACACUUAGGAGGAGGACGAGAGAGAAGGGGUGGAAUGAUUGAGGGAUGAAUGAAGGAUGGAUGGAUGGAUGGAGAACUAUAGAGGGAUAGAAGGAUGAAGAAACUGGAAAAUAGACACUUAGGAGGAGGACGAGAGAGAAGGGGUGGAAUGAUUGAGGGAUGAAUGAAGGAUGGAUGGAUGGAUGGAGAACUAUAGAGGGAUAGAAGGAUGAAGAGACUGGAAAAUAGACACUUAGGAGGAGGACGAGAGAGAAGGGGUGGAAUGAUUGAGGGAUGAAUGAAGGAUGGAUGGAUGGAUGGAGAACUAUAGAGGGAUAGAAGGACGAAGAGAUAGAAGGACGAAGAGAUAGAAGGAUGAAAAGCCUGGAAAAUGACAUGGAGGGAAGUGUUGUAUGUUUAAUUCUAUAAAUAUUGAGUUUGACAAAAUAAUGAAAAACAUUUUUAAAAGCU